AUGAGGUUUUUUACCUGCACAAGGCCGUUGUUUGUUCUCGAUCCAAGUACUUUGCCAUUGCUUGAUGGCAACCCGAAGGACGAAGUCGAGCUGAAUGACGACGACUCAAAGCUGGUUGGUCUGAUGGUGGAUUAUUUGUACCAGCUCAACUACGACGACCUGUUACCGAGUAAACCGCCUGCCGAGCUGAACCAAGAGACAUCUGCACAACCUGAAUCUGCGGUAGCACAUCACAUCCAGUGUCACGAAAACCUUGGUCAUGAAGCACCCAUCGACGAGCCUGUUCUCGAGCCGGAAAUCGUCGCGGCGUCGGAGGUCCACAUGUAUGAAGAAGAUGAGUGGUCUUUUGGAACAGGCAAGAAGGGCAAGAAGGACAAGAAGAAGAAGAGAGGACGACUGUCAAAACUCCGCCUCAGAGAUCACGAUCAAGAUGUGAGCACAGCACGACUCGUGGUGAACACGCUCAUGUACGCACUGGCUGAUAAGUAUGAGAUAGACGACUUGAAGGCUCUGGCGAAACAGAAGUUCGAGGAAGCGGUGGUCCAGGACUGGGACAGUCAAGCAUUCGCGUACGCAGCUGGGCUGGUCUUCAGUACAACUCCGAGCUCCGAUCAAGGUCUGCGAACGGUUGUGACCAGGACAAUUAAUGCGCACCGUGAAUUGGUGAACUACGAAGAAGUGCAACGACUUCUUGAUUCUGGAAACGGGAUGGCUUGGGCACUCAUACAGGUUCUUCUGGGUGACCACAUCGACGGCUGGUAA